GGGGCGUCUCGGUCGUCUUCUAUGGAUGGACCGCUCUCAGUGAGAGUCCACAAGCUGCAUCCGCUCCGUACCUUCUUCCGUCGAAAAUGACACGCACAGAUGCACCGCAUCAUGAUGAUCCUGCUGAAGACUGGAGCGCAUCACAAUUAUUUGGCGAUCGAGAGCGUGACGACGAUAAUCUCCGAGAGAAAAGCUUCGGUCAUGGCCAUCGAAAUCGCGAGACCAACAUGCAAAAUUCUGAGUCCGAUGCAGCGAUGGGGAGCAGACAUGGCACGGCUGCGGCGACAGCGUCGGCGUCCACAACCGCUCAAGAAGAGGAGCACGACGCUGUUGGUGGGGACGUCAACCGCCGCUCCGACCUGAUCCGGAUCCUUCACUUACAAGCACCCGCACAUGAUUGCGCCAAGAGCGGAGAUUCUGGCAAACUGCUCGCAGAGGGGGUGGCUUCGUGGGUCCUUCCGUCCUCGCCGGCUGAUUGGAAAGAAGACUGGGUUCCUGAGACGUCCGUUCGUGAUCCCCUCCAUAAUUUGGACAUGCCUGCCUGCUUCUUGCCCGCUGAGUCGCAGGCGCCUCUAUCUCAGAGACAGAGCGUGACUUUACAUUCACCGAGUGGCAACCCGCGUGGACCUCAGCCGCCUCUAAGCUCACAGUCGACGCUGUUGACGUCAACGCCGACGUUGUCCUGGGACUGCGCGCGGGCCGUGUCUUCAUCUUUCCGAUUGUCGUCGCCAGAAUCAUCGUCUUCCUUCCCUUCGAAGCGGUCCUCUUCUUCGACAAUGUCACCAUUGUCAUGUUCUUCGCCGCGGACCUCGGCGACGGUGUACGACCGGCUGGGGUCGUCGUCCUCGCUGGCGGCUGCAGGCAGUCAUCGUUGCGGCGGCGUCGCUGCCAUCACCAUAGACGCUGUUGGGGGGGAGGCGGCACCAUCGGGCUCGCCAUCGAAUAUCAAGUCGGCGCCGCCGGUUCUCCCAUCGUUGGGCAUUUGGGAAAGGACUGUCGCUAUGGGUUCUGAUCGUAUGCAAGGCAGCGGAGAGCAAGGAAACCAUGGGGCGGAUAAACGGUCAUUGCCGUCUUCGCCACCCGUGACUCAGAAGGUGGAGUCCGACGUGUACGGGUCGUCAUCGCGCCCAUUCUAUGACUACGACGAGAGAGAUGUACAACCGUGGGAGCUGGACUGGACUUUCCCGUCUGCCGAGCCUACGGCCAGGAACCCGCUGACGUCCCCUCCUCCCUGGCCUGAAGCUAGCACGGCGGAUAGGUUUCCCUCUGAUGCGGCAGAUAGGGGGAUGUCCUCGUUUCCACUCGAUAUGAGAUGCUAUCACAAUUGCUGGGCAAGAUCAGACUCUCGGCCGAACUGGAAACUGGCAGAUGGACAGUUGGAGGGAGGAGGGUACACUGGGCACAGAGUGAGCGAUGAACUACACGUCUCGAGAGCCAUAGCCGACGACGAGGUUCAUCCGGGUGCUGAGCUCGCAGCAGGAGUUGGCGCAGAGGCGGCAACAGAAGUAAGAAAAACAGCGAAACGAUCGGAAGUUGAACAGCAGCUAGCGACAGGAAACGCAAUGGCAGAGGGUGAAGAAGGGACUCGAACUCGACCGGCAGCAGGAGCAGAGCUGCGAGCCGAGGCGGGGAUCGAGACAACAAUGGCAACAACAAUGCAGUCAGGAUCAGCAUCGGAGCCGGGACGUGGACCAGCAAGGGCAAGGCGAGGAGAGAUGGUGAGAGGACCAUUGACUGGAGCGUCGGGAAGCCGAUUGACCGGAGGGGUGCUCUUUCGUAGUUCGGAGUCGACAUCGAAAGAGGUACAGGGAAGAUUAGACUGGCAAAGGCGACAGUGGUCGGACAUCGAGAGUGAUGCUGGCCAGGUGGACAAUCCUGGCCAGGGCGGUGGCCACGCUGCUGCUGAUUAUGAUGAGGAGCAAGAUGGGCAUAGCGCAAGGAACGACGACUGCGAAGGGGAAGGGAGGAGGAUGGCAGCGGCCGCCGCAUGCUAUCUGAUUUCCCUCGCAGGGGUGGACGAUCACGAGCGUGAGGAGAACUUCAACCCGAGUCAGGGUGCACGUUUCGAGGAGAGCGUGGAAGGCAACGCGAACGGAAACAAUGGUCGGACGGACGAUGACGAAACACACGGGAAUUUCUGCUUCGGAGAGCGCACCGGCCUUCCGCAGGAUAAUCGCGUAUGUGUGGACCCAUCCAUUGCCGAAACGACCGACAACCUCCUCUUGAGCUAUACACGGUGUCUGUUUAAGACUGGCCAGAGAAUGCGCCUCAACGGGGCAUCCACCGGCGCUACUCCUCCCUAUGUCCCGCGCUCGAUGACAGAGUCCAUACAGUUGUCCGACGGAGAUCGUGGUCAAGGUCAUCAUCAACCGUCGACAGCGGACGUCCAGUCGAGCAUGGGCAACUGGGGUUGCGUCCGAGCUGAUGUGCCUCUUGACAGCGAGCUAGAGCUGUCUGGCGGCGACAAUGAAUCUUUGCUGUUCUCUCUCGCUGGAGCAGAUAGGCACAGGCUUUUGGUCGGCAUGCCAUCAUCAUCAUCAUCAUCAUCAUCAUCAUCGUCAUCGUCAUCCUGUCAAUCUAUGCCUUGGAUUGAGUUGACCGCGACGAUGACUCCCCACCGUAACGACAACGGGCUUCUGCCCGAGCAUGAUGGUGAGCGAUCGGGUGAUCAGGACUCGACGUACUGUUGGUCGUCGCAAGCUUGUCGAAGUGCCCUGUCGACGGGGAACAAUGGGUAUGCAGACUGGGAAAGAAGCGGUGGGCGCAAUCAUUUCUUCAAUCUGACGUAUGAAGAGAGAACGUCAGCCGCCUGCCGAAGUACCAAUGAUAGCCACCACCUCUACACGGGCGAUACGACGAGCCAGGUCCAUCCAGCAGCGGAGGCGCAGGGGCAGCGGGGGCAGCUGCAGGACGAGGCAAACUCAAGGGAUCGCUCGACCGUCAAUAUCUUCAAUCCGGCCUCUCCCGAACCGACGGGCAUCCUCGAAAAGGCAUGGAGAGGAUCCAACUCCCCUUUCCUCCAUCCUCAGCAGAGAAUAGCCUCCACUAGUUCACAGGGAGCACCACCACCUGGGGAUCGUCAUGCAUGGGCACCGAGUGUAUUGCAGUCCAGGGUCGAACUCAACAUCCCUGAUCAGCUGGUCGGCGUGGACUGCCAUUAUCCGCGAGCCCAAUCCGAGCUUCUCAACUGUUUGGCUGAUCCGCAUGAUCGCUCCUUUCAGCAUGGGGAGGACUUGAGCACUAGCUCUCCGACCCAUUUUUCAGCAGAGGAAUACGGAUACGGGUACGAAUACGCUCACCACCACGCUCACGACUGUGAAGAUUACGCGCACGCUCAUCGACAGAGUUUCCGCUCGAGCGUCCAUCCCCCAUCCGGGGUCGGAAAGGGGUUUGACAUGACAGAGGACAGGUCCACCAGUGGAUGGAGGAGCUGGUUUGCGACGAGCGGGUCAGAUGUCCUAGAGAGGAAACAGAUUGGGGAGGACGGGGUUCUCCUACAGGAGCCCUGGCUGCAUCCGACCAUGGAGUCAGCUGCACCUGGGCCCAGUGCUCUCUGGGGAGGAGUUCACAGCUUCGACGAAGCGGCACGUCGCUCGUCUCCGCCAUCGAGCGCUUUGGUAAUGAAUGGUGAGCGAGAAGUACCAAAGCCCCUUCAUACACGCCGGAUGACCAGUUCUGCGACGGGGAUACUAGGGUUUCCGACCUCGUCGGCAACCAGAGGGCGAUGCUCACCAGGACCUGAGGGAAACUCAGCCCAUUGGCAGCCCAUCGUAACGGCAUGGGAGGUCGGCUUACGACCGGCCGUGCCUGCAGCUGCGACAGGCGGUACUUCAGCGGCGCUUCUCCCGAGUUGCACGACCCCGACUUUGCCUUCCGCUAUUCCAGUCCACGUUCCACGCGGUGGUGUUUCCUUCGAAGGAGCGGGAAGUUUCGCUUGCGGAGCGUCAAACAGCCAGCCGUUCGCAGGUGCUCCCAUGCGAAACAGUCAGUUGCCAUUGCCGUUCCUUUCGCGAUGUGGAGUGACACCCGAUGAGCCUUCUUCCAGUAGCCGACAGCCGAACAGAUGGCAGUCAUGUCCGUUGCGGCCACCUCCGGCGAAAACACCCGCUGUUUUGCAGUUCGCAGUGCAGCGUCCAUCUUCGCCUGGCGCGCUGUUGCCGCCACCAUCGUCGUCGCAAGGUACCACGGGUGACAAAGUAUCCGGCUGCCGGUCUCAGACAUCGCAGCUGCGCGGGGGAGGGAGAGGAGCAGCUGAGGUAGCGAAGGGGGGAGGAGCACUGCUGGCGACUAGGUCGAUGACGAGGCCGCCAGGCGGGGGUGUUGACGAUGAACGUCAUGAUGAGAUGGGUUCGGCAUUGACAGACAGGGAGACGACCUCCACAGCAGCAAAAGGCCCCGCCGGUCGACGAUACCGCCGGGAGCGCUUGGCUCGUCGAGGGUCUAGCUGCGGCUCGUCCAAGCUGACCACGGCACUGAGCACCAUAGCUGCCAGCGCGAUCGCUGUGAGUAUGCUCCCGAAGAGCAUCUCCGUCAUCGCGCCUCCGGCCUCUCUCCGCCAACGCGCGAAGCCGGGUGGUCGAUUGACGUUGUCUCUUGUUGAUCAAGGUCCGCUCACGCUUGCUCCGGACAGCUCGGCCAAACGAGACGGCACCCUCACUCUGCAAACCACGCUGACAAACAAAGGCAGUGAUGGCGACGGCCCUCGCAAACUUCAGCUAUCGUGUGAUACGGCAGCAACUGUGGACAUUCAAAAAGCUCACGGACAGCACCUGCAGUCUGCAAUAGGCCGGUUGACCGCCAGAGAGCGGAAGAGCACAAGAGUGGGCGAGCAUGCUAGUGACUCUCAAAACCUUGAUUCAUCAGGGACUGACAGCUUGGACGCUCAGUCUGACGAUUCCUGUCCGAAGCGGGAUGAGGCCUGGAAAUGUGAGGGGACUGCAGGUCGUUCUGCCGCCGGUGAUGACGAAGAGGUCGAUCUCGAGGAAAGUGGUAGCGGCCGUCCAUGUGGCGCCGAACGGCCGGCUCUACGCCAUCCAUCGCGGAGUUCGACAAGCUCCGGGGAUGUGCAGGAAGAAUCGAGCCCCGACGUUGGCAAGCGGUGUGGAGGUCUCGGACCCGACGCCUGUCCCGCAGGCAGUACGAGCGAUGCUCAGCCUUAUGAGAUGGAUUCGAAGUCGCAGGCGACAGGAACGAAUGAAGACGGCCAAGACGUAUCUGCCUUGAAGGGGGAAUGGUCUUCAUGUUGCGAGGCCUCGGCGCAGCGGAAUCGGCUGGACGUUGUGGAGACGGCAGGUGCGCCGUUGCCACAGGUCGUAGCCUCCGCUCAGGUCACUGGACUGCUGUCGGUUGAUGACUAUGUGCGAACGUCAGCAUCUAUGAACGAGUUGGAUCAGGAGAGCUUAGCGACGACUCCAACGAAACUGGAAGCGGAAAUGGGCAUCACGAUGACGGAGUGUCAACAGCAUGAGCAGGGCACGCGUCAACGGAGGAGCCGCAGCUCCAGUGCUCUGAGCAGCGAAGUGUCACAUUUCAAUAACGGCAGGGUUGACGCACCUGCAGAUAAUGCAGAAGGACUGAACACCCUCGAGGGCUCAACAGCAGGACGUCAACGCCGUGGCGAAGGGGGCAGGGGAGCUCGAGGCGGUCGCGGAAAGGCUGCAGGGUCAACAGGAGGAAAUGGAUGCCCGCCGGCUGCAACAGCUAUCAUCAGUACCGAGUCUGGAGAGGUGGGUGAAUGUGCCGUUUUCACACAAGGAACAUAUAAGACGGAAAUCUGCAACAAGUGGGAGAAGCUGGGUGUUUGCCCUUACGGAAAGCGGUGCCAGUUUGCUCACGGUGUGAACGAGCUCCGGCCGGUGCUGAGGCAUCCGCGGUACAAGACAGAGGUCUGUCGCAUGAUUGCCGCUGGGCAGUCAUGCCCGUACGGCCAUAGAUGCCACUUCAGCCACACGAUCACUUGAUCGCGGGUCGGCAAGCCCUUAGUACCAUCAUCAGCACCGGAGUGCCCAGAGACGAUGAAGUGAUGUUUAGGCGGACUGGAGAAGGAGAGGCAGGAAGGCCAUGAGGAAGAAGGCUAUAUAUAUGUAGCACACCUCGAGAAUUCUCCCAGCACGGUACAUCAGCAAACAAGGAACCUCAUGGGACGCGAGUAGUCUGAUAGCGUCGGUUGGUAGGACUAUCAGCUCGGCGGGGGUUGUAGGGUGAGGGUUACUCGAGUGCUUGAUGCCAUUGGAUUAGGUGGCGGGCAAUAAGCAGCCGCAGAACGGGACCCCACAGGAUUGCGGAAGCAUACAGGGACUCGAGCAAGAGGAGGGACGGGCCGGGCCAAAGGGAGGGAAAGAAAAAGGGAAAUUAUCUACCGCUGCUUGCUGGCGAGCUUCGCGAUACAGAAGAUGAAUGCAGCCAGCAGGGCAGCGAAGGGAGCAGCCUUGCGUCUUGAAACCUGCAGAGAGGAACACUGCACUGCAUUUUCAGAUCCCCAGGGCGGUGCUAGGCUUAAUUAAGGUAGUAAUAAAGGGCUUCAGAAAUG